UGCUUCUUCUUCUCUCUCAGACGUCAGAGGCCUUUCUUGCCCUUUUCGCUUUCACAUCAUCAUCAUGUCCCUCUACUAAAUCGACACCAGGCUGUACACACAGAGAGAGAGAUCAAGCGGGCUUCCAGACACGACCAUCGCUGCAGAGAUUACCCUGUUGUGUAGGGCAGAAGACAGAGGACUUUAAAAAAACCCGCACCCGUUUGUAUUAGUUUGUUGGUGUGAUGGCAUGCCAAGAGGUUGUGGUGUCGCGGCCCUCCAACCUGGGCUCUCUCGGCCAAAAGGGACCCAUGAUGAUUCUGGCGGGCAAUUCGCAUCCCGGCCUGGCCCAGCUCAUAGCAGAUCGUCUCGGUAUCAAGCUGGGAGACAUGAGGGCUUAUCACAAGAGUGACAGGGAGACCAAUGUUGAAAUCAAAGAAUCAGUCCGAGGCAAAGAUGUCUACAUCCUUCAGACAGCAACAAAGGAAGUCAACAACGACAUAUGGGAGCUGAUGAUUAUCUCUUACGCCUGCAAGACGAGCUGUGCUCGGAACAUCGUCGGGGUGUUACCCUACCUACCCUACUCACAACAAAGCAAGAUGAGGAAGCGAGGAUCUAUCGCUUGCAAGCUUUUGGCUACCAUGUUAUCAAGAUCAGGUUUUACGCACAUCAUCACAAUGGAUCUACACCAGAAGGAAAUCCAAGGGUUCUUCAAUGUUCCUGUAGACAAUUUAAGGGCAUCACCGUUCCUCAUUCAAUACAUCAUAGAAUCGAUCCCAGACUACCGUAAUGCCGUCAUCGUCUCUCGCAACGCAAAUUCGGUGAAGCGUGUCACGUCGUAUGCAGAGCGUCUAGGCCUGGGCAUUGCUGUGAUCCAUGGUGAGGAGAAAGAGGCUAACAGCGAGGAUGGCCGCAACUCACCCCCUUUACCUGGUCAGGACCGCGGCCGGCUGAUCUACGAACUGGAGUACCUGCCAAUGCUACAAGCUAAAGAAAAACCCCCUCUAAAUGUGGUUGGUGACGUAGGAGGCCGAAUCGCCAUUAUUGUGGACGAUAUGGUGGAUGAAGUGAGACCAUUUGUGAAAAUAGCCGAGGCUUUGAAGAACAGAGGUGCUUACAAAAUCUACGUGAUGGCCACACAUGGCAUCCUGUCGUCAGAUGCUCCCAAACUUAUUGAAGAAUCUCCCAUCGAUGAGGUGGUUGUAACCAACACGAUACCCCAUGACAUCCAGAAGCUCCAGUGUCACAAGAUCAAGACGGUCGAUGUCAGCGUGAUGCUGGUGGAGGCCAUUCGCAGAAUACACUACGGCGAAUCCAUGUCAUAUCUGUUCAAAAACAUAGGAUACAAUGAUUAGAUCCCUCUUCCCUCUGUCUCUCUCUCUCUCCCUGUUCCCCCUCUCACCCCACCCUCUACAUAUCCCUGGGUUUCUUGUCUCCGAAGACCUUGUCGUCUUAGCCUUGGCCUCGACAUGCAUGUCUGUCUGUCUGUUUGUCUUGCUACCUCUGUCUCCCUCCCUUUCUGUGUCUGUUUGUCUGAAGGGGGUGUGUUUCAUUCUGGAGAACGAAGGAAGGGGUUUUCCGGGCGUUGUGCAUGGGUGCACGUAGAAACAGAAGAAACGUGUGUGUGUGUGUGUAUAAAUGUAGGCAAGCAUAUAUUUUUGUGUGUUUGUGUAUGUGUGCGUAGAAGCAUAACCAGAAAUGUGUGUGUGUGUGUAUUACACAUA